CUGUGAAGCGCGUCCAUAGCCAAGCAUUUCAUAUCCAAGUGCUAUUCGUUUGGCGAAGACGAUGGACGAUCAGAAUUCAAGAGCAGUGGGCCCCAUAAGUUUCAUUACCAUGCUGUUUGGACUGUAAACAAGCACACGUAGCACAUCACUCGCAGUCUUGUUGUCACCUCCACGCAGAUAGCGCCACCCUUCACCAGUGUCACGCUUCUCUCGACACCUCGAACUCAGCACACUCUCACUUUUGGAUCUGUUCUUCUGCUUCUGAGAGAACAUUCACUUCUUCUCUCCUAAAUAUCAAAGACUAAACCCUAAGUGCAGGCAAAGAUGGUUUACACCAUCUCCGGAAUUCGAUUUCCGGUUGUUCCUUCGCUGCAUGUCUCCAGCCUCCGUGACGAUCGCAGGGCAGCGUCUCUUCCUGUUUUUCUCAGAAAGAACAACUUCUCUCGGAAAAUCCUUGCCGUAAAAUCUUCUCAUGAUUCUGAUUCCCCAUCUUCUGCAAUUGCUGAAUCUGAUAAGGUUCUUAUUUCUCAAGAUCAAGAUAACUCUGCAUCCUUGACAGAGCAACUUGAAACUCCUGUUAUAACCUCAGAGGAUGCACAUAAUUUAGAGGAUUUAACAAUGGAAGAUGAGGAUAAAUACAGCAUUAGUGAAGCAGAUACCAGUUACAGACAGAUUGAAGGUGGGCUAGGUUCGGUGGUAUCUGUUGGCAAGAAAGUAAAGAUACCAAGUGAUGAAGCUAAACCUAAGACCAUUCCCCGACCUGGUGCUGGACAGAAAAUAUAUGAGAUUGAUCCAUCUUUGCUAGCCCACCGUGAGCAUCUUGAUUUCCGUUUCGGACAAUACAAAAGAUUGCACGAUGAAAUUAACAAGUAUGAAGGUGGUCUGGAUACAUUUUCUCGUGGCUAUGAAAAAUUUGGCUUCAUACGCAGUGCAACAGGUGUUACUUACAGAGAGUGGGCACCUGGAGCUAAGUCAGCAGCAUUAAUUGGAGACUUCAACAAUUGGAAUUCAAAUGCUGAUGUAAUGGCUCGGAAUGAGUUUGGUGUUUGGGAGAUUUUUUUGCCAAACAAUGUGGAUGGUUCACCACCAAUUCCUCAUGGUUCUCGGGUCAAGAUCCGCAUGGAUACUCCCUCUGGAGUCAAGGACUCGAUUCCUGCUUGGAUCAAGUUUUCUGUACAGGCUCCUGGUGAAAUUCCAUAUAGCGGAAUAUACUAUGAUCCCCCAGAAGAGGAAAAAUAUGUAUUCAAACAUCCACAGCCAAAGAGACCAAAAUCACUUAGAAUAUACGAGUCACAUGUUGGAAUGAGUAGUCCGGAGCCAAUGAUCAACACAUAUGCCAAUUUUAGAGAUGAUGUACUACCUCGCAUUAAAAAGCUUGGCUACAAUGCUGUCCAGAUUAUGGCCAUUCAAGAACAUUCUUAUUAUGCCAGCUUUGGGUACCAUGUCACAAAUUUCUUUGCACCUAGCAGCCGAUUUGGAACUCCAGAGGAACUUAAAUCUCUAAUAGACAAAGCCCACGAACUAGGUCUGCUUGUUCUGAUGGAUAUUGUACACAGCCAUUCAUCAAAUAAUACUUUGGAUGGCCUAAACAUGUUUGAUGGAACUGAUAGUCAUUACUUCCAUCCUGGGUCACGAGGUUAUCAUUGGAUGUGGGAUUCUCGCCUUUUCAAUUAUGGAAGCUGGGAAGUACUAAGGUAUCUACUUUCAAAUGCAAGAUGGUGGCUGGAUGAAUACAAGUUUGACGGAUUUCGAUUUGAUGGUGUUACAUCAAUGAUGUACACUCAUCAUGGGUUGCAGGUAGCAUUCACUGGAAAUUACAGUGAGUACUUUGGUAUGGCAACUGAUGUUGAUGCUGUGGUUUACCUGAUGCUGGCUAAUGAUCUCAUUCAUGGCCUCUUCCCCGAGGCUGUUACCAUUGGUGAAGAUGUGAGUGGAAUGCCAACAUUCUGCCUUCCUACACAAGAUGGUGGGGUUGGUUUUGAUUAUCGCCUGCAAAUGGCCAUUGCAGACAAGUGGAUUGAGAUUCUCAAGAAGCAAGAUGAGGACUGGAAAAUGGGUGAUAUUGUCCACACACUAACAAACAGAAGAUGGCUGGAAAAAUGUGUAGCUUAUGCUGAGAGUCAUGAUCAGGCCUUGGUUGGUGACAAGACAAUUGCAUUUUGGUUGAUGGACAAGGAUAUGUAUGACUUCAUGGCGUUAGACAGGCCAUCUACACCUCGUAUAGAUCGUGGUAUUGCAUUACACAAAAUGAUUAGGCUUAUUACCAUGGGACUUGGUGGUGAAGGGUAUUUGAAUUUUAUGGGGAAUGAGUUUGGCCAUCCUGAGUGGAUUGAUUUUCCAAGGGGUGAACAACAACUUCCUAAUGGCUCAGUAAUUCCAGGGAACAACUACAGUUAUGAUAAAUGCAGGCGAAGAUUUGACUUGGGAGAUGCGGAUUAUUUAAGAUAUCAAGGAAUGCAAGAAUUUGAUCGAGCCAUGCAGCUUUUAGAAGAAAAGUUUGGUUUCAUGACUGCUGAACACCAAUAUAUUUCACGGAAAAAUGAAGGUGACAAAGUUAUAAUCUUUGAAAGGGGCAACCUCGUCUUUGUCUUCAAUUUUCAUUGGCAUAACAGCUAUUCAGAUUACAGAGUUGGCUGCUCAACCCCUGGGAAAUAUAAGAUUGUUUUGGAUUCAGAUGAUGCCUUGUUUGGUGGCUUCAAUAGGCUCAACCACUCUGCUGAGUACUUCACUAAUGAAGGAUGGUAUGAUGACCGACCUCGAUCCUUUCUCGUCUAUGCACCUUCUAGAACAGCAGCAGUUUAUGUCCUUGCAGAUGACGACGAUGAUCUUGAACCAGCCCUUUCAGAUGAAGCUGAACCAGCCCUUGCAGAUGAAGCUGAACCAGAGCCAGUUGAUCCUUGAUAAGAAGAUUCUGGGACAAAUGUUACAAGUACACGAUGGCAGCAGUAAAUCCCCAGUGAAACUAGCCAAACCAAUAUCUUGUUGUUUAACCGACACUGAAACACCAAAGAAGCAUAUUUGAAGUGGAAUAAGUGGGAGCGCUAGUUAAUCUUUAGUGAGGCAGGACACUGACUCGAAAUCUUGUACAUGUGCCUUGCUAGGUAAUAAUUGCGAUAUCACACCCAUCUUUCUGUUUUUUCUUUUUAGGAUUCAAUGUCGUAACCUGAGUCUCAAAUGUCAAUCUCCAUAAUGUAUACUCUCCUAAGAGUUAGAGGCUUCAAAGGGACUUUUAUAGUGAAAAAUUUUGCAGGAGGCUGACUUUUGCUUUGGGGUCUUUUUUCGGUAGCUGUCUCCUUUAUAUUUAAAAGUUGAGUUGUAGCAAUUCCUAUCCGUGUAAUAAAGACAUCAUACGUCGUGGAAAAAAGAAAGUAAAAUAAUUACCUUACUUUA